CAAUAUGGAUAUUCAAUACUUCCAUCAGGCCAAACUCUUGAAUAACGGGAAAUGGAAAUAAACAGCACAUUGUUCGUAAAACGUUUGAUAUAUCAAACAUAUGCAGCUGAGUUGGUCAGAGAGAAAUAUCAUGAAAAUUGCAGUUAGAGCGAUGAUUGUAGGCUCCCGGGGAAAUAAACCUCAAAAGUAGCCAGACUGGCAGGCCGCCAGAGGGAACUCAGGUUAUGGUAUAUCAAAGGUAUCGAUAAAUCCACUCUUGGCAAGGAUUCGUCGGUUCCUUUGAUGUACCACGAUCCGAGUGUUUGUGAAUCAUUAAUCCUGACCAGGAUCAUCCCAAAGGAACGCAGCUUGAAUUGGGUGGUGAAUGACGUAUAAAUCUUGCAUGCCAAGACAUGUGAACUUCUUCUAUAACAAGCUCGAAAUCAGAAAUAUCCUGGAAGGAGGAGCGCUCGCUGCAACGACCUCUGCAUCUUGUUAUUACUCAAGAUGUUGAGCAAGGAAGUGGAAAAGACGCACCGGGUAAAGCUCGUCACUUCCAUGCUUUUCCUAGUCCUUGCAUUUCACACUUUUGAGGUUCAUGGAAUAUUUUUUCCUAAUGGACUCGUGAGAAAUGGGAAAAAUGUUUGCGAGGACAGAAAAAGUAGAACAGUUGUAUAUUAUGUACAGGUAGCUACUGUAAUUUACCAUCACUACACUACAAAUUGUGGAACGUUUGGCUGGAGCAGGUGCAGAAGAUCAAGAACGGAAACUGGUUACAAGUCUCAGAUGAGGUUCAAAAGGGAUUUUGACACUCACCUGUCCUGUUGCAGUGGAUAUCGCAAAUCUGGAAAUGAAUGCCCAAAAGCAAUCUGCUACCUUGGAUGCAAUAAUGGUGGGACAUGUGUAUCUCCCGAUACCUGUAAUUGUACCUCUGGAUGGACUGGACCUACUUGUAGCUUAGAUAUUGAUGACUGUUCGCCAAACAACGGGGGUUGCGAACAAACUUGUAACAACAGACAAGGGAAGGAGAGAGUGUGCGCUUGCCGUCGAGGCUACAUAACAAAUGGGACAAAGUGCAUUGACGUGAAUGAGUGCCGCCUCCAACAAUCGGCUUGCAUUUGUGCGAUCUCAGGGUCAAAUGACAACGUAUGUGGAACAAGAUGCAGAAAUACUGACGGAGGAUUUCAGUGUUCUUGUGGUAAAGGCUAUAGUCUGUAUCGUGGAACAGUAUGCAGAGAUGACAACGAAUGUGCCGUAAACUAUGGAGGUUGCAGUCACCUGUGUGUCAACUUUAUUGGAGGAUAUAAUUGCACUUGCCCGAGGGGUUUUGGCCUUGUGAAAGAGAAACUUUGUGAAGACGUAAAUGAGUGUGAAAACAACAACGGAUACUGCGAGCAUACCUGUCAAAACGUUUAUGGUAGCUAUUGGUGCAAGUGCAAUGAAGGCUUCAAAGUAGACAGUAAUAGAAAGACGUGCUCAGAUAUUGAUGAAUGUAAGUUGGGUCAUCAUAUACAUGGCUGUGAGGACUAUUGCAACAAUACUCGUGGUGGAUACUUCUGCUCCUGUAGAAAAGGUUACCAGCUGACGAAUAAUAACAGGGCUUGCACAGAUAUCGACGAGUGUGCUCCCAACAACAUAACUGGCAGUAACGAAAUGGCUACCCGAUCAGCCUGUCACCACAUCUGCACAAACGUCGAGGGAAGUUUUCUAUGCUCUUGUAGGAAUGGAUACACGCUGAUGUACAACAAAAAACAGUGUAAAGAUACUGACGAAUGUCAAACUGGAAAACACUCCUGCGAACAUAACUGUCAAAAUACUGAUGGAAGCUACCGCUGUAGCUGUAAAGCAGGCUACCAACUGUCUCUAAACGGGAGAUCGUGUGAAGCUCAACCUUGUGUAGAGAUUGAUCCACCAUGGCAAGGCAGGAUGAGCUGUUCUGGAAACGCCACUGGUGCCAACUGUACAUUUUCUUGCAAUCCCGGAUAUGAUCUGUUGGGAUCUCAGUCUAGAACUUGCUUACCAUCUUCAAGUUGGAGUGGACACAGAACUUCUUGCAAACCAAAGCAUUGUGAAAAGCUGACGACCUCGCUUCCGAGUCAAACUCUUUCAGUCCCCUGUUUUACGUCCCUCGGUUCAACUUGCUACUUCGGAUGUCGCCGAGGAUUUGUAUUGCGCGGAAACAGACAAGCGGAAUGUAGCCUCAAUUCGAAGGGUGAUUCAGUCUCCUGGAAUAUUGGACGGUUUUCUUGUGAAGAAAUUAAGACUUGCCAACCAAAUCCAUGCGGACAUGAAGGAGAGUGCUCAGCCUUAGACGAGAACAGCUUCAUUUGCAAUUGUGAAAAAACUGGAUACAAAGGUAGCAAGUGUGAAACUGGUUUCGUCAACACGCCAAUCAUUCCAAAGUUACGCCCGAAUAUUAGCUCUAAGGCUCUUGCUGUUCUGGCACGUCCAUCAAAACGCCUGAGGGUGUUCUUGACCUCGGAAGAUGGAGUUACCAUCCACCCGUCAUCAAUUGAAAUACCAUUUCCAAAAAGAAAGGAAGCAUUUACAGUAGAAGGAGCAAAACCAGGAAUCCAAGCAAUAACUUAUAUUCUCGGGGGAGAAAAUAGAGAUGAUUUCGAGACUCCUGAAAGAAGCGUACUCUUUAUUGCACCAGAAAUCUCAAACCACAACACAAAAUUGUUUCUGAUGAGAGGGGAGCUACCUAUUGGCUGCGAGAAACACGAAACAAACGAAAACUUUUCAUGUGACCUACGUCUUAUAUCUACUGCACCAUGGACGGGUACACCUCGAUCUACCAAUGGUGUUGUGCACCUUUUAACAGUCAAUAACCAAACUAUUCCAUUGUCGCUAAUUGGUUUAAAUCUAACGACGAGUAAUGUUUCUCGGGAUGAGAUGAUUGAAACUGGAAUUGCAGUGACGUCCACCUUCAAAAAAUUUCCACUUCAAUAUCAAAAAAAUGGUAAAUGCUACUCAGAAGUUGCAGAUUUAAAUAAUCUGCUUGAACUAAUAGACAGUGAUGCGUUUGUCUCGUCGUUUAUGCACGCCCUUUCAGCAGUAGCACCAGAAUGGCUUACAGUAACUGUCAGCGAGACCAAUCAGGAUUUUGACAUUCAAAACAUUGCCGUCACUCUAGCAUCUGAUUUGAAACACUGUUUAGGAUUUCCCAUAAAUGCAGGACACAGCCUAGCCUACUAUCGUCCUGCCGUUAACUACAAAAUGCGUGUUGAACAAAACGAAAUACCCUUAUCCGCGGAUGGAACAACCUGCUUCGCCAUAAAUAUCUGCAAACCUGGUUUAUUCAUCAACUUCCCCAAAAGUCAGACUCAGCUUUUAAAAUCUAAGUUGCAUGUGUUUCGAGACAUGAAAGACAGCUGUGGGCUUGACCUCAGCGUAGAUUCAAUUGGAUUUCUGAACAACAAGCAAACCUCUCACUUUGUCAAGGGAAUGAUUUGGAAUGGAAUGAAUCUACAGAAGUUAUCGCCGUUAAGCUACAAUGCGUGGCUAAAAGGAAGUCUCGACUGGAGAAUGGAAAUACCUAAACUGCUCUUCGUGGCUUUUAAGAUGAGUGGUGAGACUAUCAUCAAAUCCAGAAAUGUUGAUACUCUCUUUACUGAUCGAAUGUCUCAGCGGAUGGAGAUGCAGUACAAAGGAAAAGCGUUUGUGAAUAUCACUGGUAGAGCACUAAAGAAAGACUUUGUCUUGGAACUCGAUUCAUCUAAGAUUAAUGGAAGAGCAAUCUUGGGAGGACGAAAAACCUGCAACAGGAACGUCCAAGGCAUCUUUAUGACGUUGGAAAAAUCUUUCUACAACCUGCUGGAUCAUAGUCCUUUUUCAACUUACAUCCUGCCAAUAGAGGCUGAACCAAUACGCUUGGCGAUCCUCGUGUCACUUAACGGAGGUAUACAAAACAAAAUUCUCAACAUGAGGGAGAUUAAACGCUUAUUGAAAGACCUCGCUUCCUUCAUACCAAAAGUACAAAACGCCAUCCGGAGAGCAAACUCGAUUUUACCCAAGAUUAAAGUUGUUACUGAAAGUCCUCUGGAGAUGGUGCAACAACUUAACGACCUAAUGCAAGAAAUGGAUAUGGUAGUGGAUGGUAAAAGUAUAAACGUAACGCGAACCCUUACUCUUGCCAAACAGAUUAACAGUAGGAUGGAAUACUUGAAAAAAAUCGUAGACUUUAUAACACCAAUGACUUUUUCUAGCAAUGACUCCUCCCUCUUACGCAUGAUUUUCCAAAUCCAGCCGGGAAACUUCCCGAAACCUUUUCAUGUCAAUCUUGAAGGGGAACACGUUCAAACACGUAUGCAAGGGAUCAGCCUGCAUCUUCGGACCAGCCUUUGCAUAGGUCAACUGUGCUUUAAUGAUUUGACCACGACGAUUGACUAUCUUGCUGAAAGAAACUGUUUUCCUAACGUGCCAUAUUUGUUAAUAUUCCGCGCAAAGGCGAAUGUUCUGACUACAAUGUCGUUAAGUGAUGGGAACAUUUUGACACUUCCAAAGGGAGAAGUCAUAAAUAUGGUCUUUCCAAGAGACUUUGACACAGUCACGGCACACUUUGCAGGAAAAAUUCAAUUGCUCGGCGCUAAUCAAAUUGUAAAUGUUACCUUGGACAAGAAACAGCUGUCGUUUCAAAUGCAGGGAAAGAUUUUCACUAAAUACAUGGCAGAUGUGAAGGUCAUAGCAGAUACCAAACACGCUCUGGAAUGGAGAUCGUUGAGUUUUACAGUUGAAGGAAGGAUGAUGAAUUCCUCCCUACUUUCAACAUUCCUUCAGGAAAAAGUAAUUAACUUUGCCCAAUAUCUUGCACAGAAAGCUGCCAAACGAGUGCGAAACUGUAAAAAAACGCUACUGCUUUCAGAACAAAGAGUGGACUCCGCAGAGAAGUUGGUGAGAGAAAAGACUCGUAAUUUGAAUAAAGCAGACAAGGAAAAGAAAGAAAAAGACUGGAAACUCCAAAACAUUUACUUUAAGUAUAAAAAUAGCAAGUCUCAACCCCAAUUAAAGCAAUUCCUAAUGUUUAAAAGCAACGAAACUUGUGACAUACAAAAUUGCAGUUAUAUCGUGACAAACAUUAGCAUACCAGAGGUGUGUCAAGAAGAGGUCAUUGUGAACUACACAGUGCCAAACUGUAGUAAAAAGGAACGAAAUUUGGAAGUACAAGAGCUAAUUCAAGUUACGACGCAAGUGGCAGAAACCAUUUAUAAAGUCGUAUCCAAAUCUAACUGUCGAAAAACUGUCGUGGGAAAACGUAUCAACCACAUUAUUGGUUGCGAUAGUUACCAAGAAAAGGUCCCUAAUGGUGUAAGAUAUCAUGAUAUUACAGAAACACAUAUCAGCACUAAAAUAGUAAAGUUAGCAGAAUUUAAGUGUGAAUAUAAGAUCGAAUCUUUAGCUUCCGGUUAUGCAAGACCCACGGUAUGCUCCAAAAGUGACGUUGGUGGAAAAGCAAAGAUUGUAGAUCCUAGAUGCGUUUCCCACAACGUACAGUGUUUAAGUAAGAUGUCUUCACUGAAGAAAAAAUUUAACAAUUUAAACAAGACCUUUUUUGAUGCAUUUCGAAAUAUGAGUAAAGAGGGAGAGCAGGCUACUAUUUCCCAGCUAGAAGCCAACAGGGCAAGAAUAAACUUCGAUGUAGCUACAAAGCAAUUAGAGCUUGCUCAAGCUCAGCUAAAGCAGUAUAAAUUUGCCAAAGAAUCCAUUAAUCUCACAAAAGUAACAAUGCGAGAGAAACUUGGACUGAAUAUUGGUGAAAAAAUUAGGAAUCUUGGAGGAAAGACGCUUGUCUCCAUCGAGAAUCUAACUUUUUCCGUGCCAAUGACCAGGUCGUCGCCAAAAUCUCGGUUACUGCUGACGGCGAACGUUAGAACAUUUGAAGGGUCACACGAAGAAAUUCAGUUUUUGAUGGAUUUUAGACGAGAAGACGAUUCUUUAGCCUCCGCAUCAAAAUUGAUUGUUGAGAGUCUCUUUGGAAAAUCCCGUUCAAAACCUAGAGGGCGAAGGUCCGCCAGGCAAGAGGUUGUACUGUCGAAGAUAAAUGGCGGCGAAUUUCCUCCUGAACAACACGAUUGCCUAUUUUCAUACCAAGCUCAUAUUUUCUUUGGUGAUAUUGUUGAGUCACUGGAUUUAGCCAUCAAAAGUACGAAAGAACUUGAGAAAACCAUGUCUGCAGGAAUAAGAGACUUGAAGAAACUCACUGAUAUAGAAGACAGCUCUAAUGGUUCUAUGUUAGGCCCACAGCAGCAGAUUCGUGCAUCCUUUAGCGAUAUAAUUCAGUCUCUAAAGCACGUUCAGAUCAAUAGCGCCGGAGCGAUUUCGUGGAACAAUACAUUAGACGAUGUUCGUGGAUUCUUAAAUGUCUUAUCAUGGGCAAAGAACUUCACAGAAUGUUCAGGGAGUCAGGAUUGUACGGAUUUCUUCUUUGACAGUUUAGAAGAGAUGUAUGAAAUGGAAUAUCACCCCCGAGCAAACGAAAUAAAAACGAUGCUUAAAUCAUUAAAAAGGAUCAUCAGUAGUAUGCUGACAGAGAACCAUGACAUAUCUACACUGGAGGACAUGAUAUUGCAAGCAAAACUCCUGAUUACCAGUAGCAGCGACGACAUUAUACUUUGUGGUAAGAAACCAGAAAUAGAGAAGAAUUCCCCGGUGACGAUCAAAGUAAUCCUCGGUGAGACUGUAAAUUUGACGUGUGAAGCUAAAAGCACGCUGGAGGUAGAAUACUUGUGGAUAAAGAAUGACCAGCCAUUAGAGGAAACUAAUAGUACCACACUUGAAUUGCGAAAUGUCACCAAACAAAGUGAGGGGGCGUACAAGUGUCAAGCUUCGAACAAGAGAGGUAGUACCGUUUCCAAUGUCACCAUUGUGGAGGUGCAUCAAAGGCCAAAUAUCACAGACCAGCCACUUGAUGGCAAGGGGCUUGUUGGAGAUGAAGUAUAUUUGAUGAACUGCAAAGGCUCCGGGAUCCCUCGGCCAUUAACAGAGUGGUUCUUUAUUCCCAUGAACGUAGAGAAACAGGAAGCGGUUCGUAUGAACACAACAGGGCGAAUUCUUCAAUUAGCCAACCUAACAACAGCAAACGCUGGCUUUUAUUUUUGCAACGUAUUCAAUUUGCAUGGCAAAGUACAAAGCAGGUUGGCCAGAUUGGACGUCUCAAGAUUUCUAUCAGGUGUUCCAAGAAUUGCGGUAAGCCUGAGGCUGAAACAAUGCAUAUCUACAGCAUCUCCGGGAAAUAACAGGCCACAUUGCAAGGAAAGCCCGUCAGGAAAGGCUCAGGACGUUGAUUCUGCGGUUUUUGAAUACAUCACGCGAGAAAUGUUGGAGCGCCUAAGCUGGCCCGUGGAAAGAAUUGAGAGUAAGCACUACAACCCGUUUCCUGAUGCUUCCAUUUCUCUUGUCGUUCAUGGUGACGUAUCCUCCAUACACGAGGGGGAGAAGCUCGAAGUAUUGAACAGUUUCUCGAUGUCAAGACGACGCAUGGGAAACAGUUUGAAGAAACUUUACUUCUCCUUAAAGGAUAGAAGUAUAACAUUUAAAUGGAAACAUUUGUCAAUCAGUGUUGAGAACGAGAGCCUUGCAUUUAGGAUCCUUCCUCAAGGGUGUCCAAUUGGAACACGACGUCAUGAAAAUGGAUUUCUAUGUGUCUAUUGUGUCCCUGGUUCCUAUGGAGUGGCAAAUGGAUCUUGUUUGCAGUGCCCCGUUGGUACAUACCAGCCAGAUGAAGGAAGCACAGAAUGCAUCAAGUGCACAUUCCGAAUGUCAUACACCGAACCAGGAGCAGUCCGAGAAUCCCAGUGUAUCGACAUAUCCAUGUCCUGUGAGUCACCCGAGAUCACUACCAAAUAUGCACUAGCGCCAAAAGAAAUGCAGAAACUCUAUCGAAGCGGUGAAACAAUUACUUUAGGCUGUAUACCUGGGUACAGAGUGGUAGGGAAUGGAACAAGAGAGUGUAACGAAGGGAACUGGACGAAGAUUGACUUUUACUGCGAGCGAACGUGCUUUCCACCCUGGACCGAGUUGAAAAAGCGUUGUUAUUUGGUAAUCGAAUCUCAAACACACAAAUGGGAAGACGCAUUCGCCAAGUGUCAGACUCUUAAAUCGGAUAUGGUGACGAUAUCCUCAGAGGAAGAAAAUCAGUUCACGGGUCAGCUCGCUAAGGAUUACAUGGAGGAGAGGAAAAUGGGGCAAGUGCAGAUGUGGUUGGGGCUGAGGAAAAUGCACCCCGAGGGUCAAUUUCAUUGGGUGGACGGAAGCCCCUUAGAAGGCUACAUUAACUGGACCCCAGGCGAACCCAACAACUUUAAUGGUCGUGAGCUGUGCACCGAGAUGUUGGUCUCGGCGGAAUUCUGGUUGAACAAGUGGAAUGAUGUGAACUGCGACGCUGCUGGUUACAAGUCAAUCACCGUCUGCGAGAAACCCUUAGUAGAGCAUGAUUAAAGGCAAUGAUUUGUUUCCAGACACUUUUCAAACCUACUCCCCUUUCAGUUGUGGUCUACCCCUGAGUCCAAAAUGUGCUGGAACCGUAUGUUUUCAAACUGCUAUCACAAAAACAAAAUGUAGGUAACCUCACGAGAACCGUCCUGAAUUUUGAAGAACUUGAUUUUUUUCGAUUGCUAGAGCAGUGUUACUGGCAUUUUCUUUCGCUUUCUAUCUCACUUUGUAUCGAGUGGGUUUUUAAGUGUCCGGAUUCCGAUUACUCUUAAGUGGGUUGUCAAGGAGGUUUAUGAAGUCAUGGUUUCUUUUUUUUAUCGAAAAGGCUAUUGCCAUGCAAUUUUUUGUUAAACUGCUGUCACAGGCAUGCAAGUAUGGAUAAAGUUGGACAAAAUAGAAGUGGAUUGCUAAAUUUCUAGUUGGAGUAAAAGGUAUUUUCCACUAAAAAUUCUCCUUUAUUGAGAUGACAAUAUCACUAUAACCGUGAUGCUUAUGCAGUUUGAGUCAUAAGGCAGUAUGUUACCAAGUGCGGCGUGACUUAGGUGCUUUAAAAAUUAACGUUUGGAAUGAUUAGUUAUUGAAAACAACGAUUUUAAAAGAGUCCUUAAGAAUGCUAGUUUUCUAGGAGGCUUUUAACAGUGACAGAUCUGGGGACGUCCAGGUGCCUGCUUAUUCCUUUUCUUCCCUUUAUGCUAAAAAUUGUAAGUCCCGAAAGCCCGAAAAAUUUCGCCCCUCGCCCCACCCCGUCCGCCCUUUUUUUUUUUAAGUAAGGAAAAGCUCACUUGCACUCCGCCCGCUACUCCUUCAAACACGAAAUUUCCUACCUUCACUUAGCCCUCAUCCGGCCCCUUCUAUUAGAUUCGCUACUGUUUAAGACUCAGUGGCUAACCUGUUGUCGCUGAUGUAUGUGUAUGUGUGCUUAGCUCACCCACUACAGUGGGUAAAUUCCAAUAGUUUUGAACAAUAGGCAAUUGUAACUUCAUGUUUGUAUACUCCUCUUUCAUCUUCCUCAGCAGGGCAAGGAAAGGGGAAGGGGAGUUAUUUACACGAACAGCAAAAUUUUUCCCCAGAAAGCCUUAUUAUUCUCUUCAGUAUUUUCAGAUAAACGUAUGAUAGAGCAAAAAUGUAUUACAUGUACGUGCAGUAGCCUAACUGUGAGAGCGAUGGACUUUGCAUCAAUUGAUUCGGGUUCUAGACUGUCUGGGAUCUGUCUGUUGUGGUAUUGAACAAGAUAUUUUAUCUUCCCGGUGCAGCUCCUAACCCAGGAGUAUAAAUGGGUACCGCUGUUGUCAGGGAAACCUGACAACAAUUGCAGGAAGGUAGCCGGCGGGUGGACUAGUAUCCCAACCAGGGGAAGGAGCAAAACUCCUAGCUGCUUUACGCUACGGAAAACGGAGUUAAGCGCCACUACGCUCUGAAAUGUUUCACAAGUUUGCUUUUAUAUUAGAGUGAAUAUAUUUGAUUUGAAUGAACAGUUUCUAUACGCUUUGUGUCACUCGGAGAUGAAGGUUGUUAAUGAUUACCUGAUGUAUCAAUUUACUAGUUUAUGAAAGCGAAAGUUCCACGGCUUUUAGAAAUGAAUGAGUGAUUUAUAAAAGUUGAUAAGUUUGAAAUGUAUCAAUAAAGGUUUAUAAGGGUCAUGAUGGA